UGAAGACCUUGCCAGUUUUAACUCUCGCAAAAGUGAAAACAGUUUUGGCCGAAGUAAUGAAGUAAGCUUCAUAAUGCAGUUAUUAAUCGGUUUUUGGAUCACUCUCGCUUUUGUUAUUUAUAUUUUCGCAGGACACAUAUAUAAUCCAAAAAGAAUACUAUGCGUUAAGGAUCCAGAUUCCAAUUUGAACUUUGCCUCUUUCUUCUAUUUAUUCAAGCCAUUGGCUUCGCAUGAUACAUGUUUUGCUGACUUUAAUAACACUAGGUCAACCAAUCGAUUUCGAAAAAUGGCCGAAAUAUCAUUAAAUAAUAAGUCUAAUCUAAAUUGCGGCGUGCACCACAUUCAUUAUUAUAAGUUCAUGAAGUCCAAGAUUACUUCAGAAAGCACAUUUAAAAAUAUUUAUCAAAUGCACUUCUUAAAUACACUUCUAAGCUGGCGAAAUGCAGUCUUCGACCUUUUUCCAACCUGGGACUAUCACUUAUUACGGGUGCAAAAUAAUUCAAUUAAAUAUAAAGAUAUAAAAAUGUUGAGCAGUACAAAAUGGAGGAUUAUUGCUAAGAAAUAUUGGAAUUCAAAGGAGCUCAAUCUGGCUAAACAAAGGCUACGACUUAACUCAAAAAUUCUACAGUUUUUUUUAUUGAUUCAAAGACGAAGGAUUUCCUUAUUAAAUACGCCUAAAGAAGGAUUUUCAAAUAGAAGACUGAGGAAAGAUGAUUUCUUUGAAUAUUUGUCGGCAACCGAAACACCCGAACUAUUCGACAAUUUAGAGUAUAUAAAAAAUAACAUAAAACAAAAUUUUGCUUCGCAAGAACUAUUGGAAAUGCAUAAUGAGACCAAUUUAAGCAACUUAACCAUGUCCAUAAGCAAUGAAGCUAAAUUAAACCAUAUAGUUUCAAGAGAAAACAUCAGCAAUCCCCAGAAUCUAGUAAGAUAUGCCAGAAACCAAAGGCUGUUAGAAAUGGUAACAGCUCCAAUAAUCAGUGCAGCAAUAAAUUUUUCAAUUUCGGACGCAACUUCAACUUGUGAAUUAUGCUCUGAAGCCUCAGAUGAAACGACAAACGUUUUCGAUUCUGCGGAAACAUGCGAGGAAUGUGCUUCUCUAAGUUCAAACAUAUUGAAUGAGUCUACUCCUACGAUAAGCGGUCCAGAUUCCAACUGCGAAUUUUGUACCGAUUUAACUGAGCUAAUGAGUACUACGGAGGAAGAUUGUGAGGAAUGCUCUGACUUUGUAUCACCAAGUGCCAGUAUAAAAUACCCGAACAGUGAAAUUGUCACAACAACAAUUGAGUCGCCAAUUUUAGAUGAUACGAAAAUCAUGUUUGGCUAUUUUUCAGAAAUAAUUACAAUGAUUAUGUAUGAAUAUGAAACAACAACUUUCAGGAGUGAUCCUAAACCGAACUCAGCUCUAACUAACUCUAAAUGUAAAGAAUGUUCAGAGGCAACAACUACCGAAUAUAUUGAAACCACUAUUGAGCGAACGGAACAAUCUGAAACUCCACUUCAGAUUAAUCAACUGUCAGGCUCUUCAUUUCACUUUUCGACUACGAAAAGAUCAACAAAUCGAUUGGAAUCUCUACUUAACUUGACUGCAGAAACAGACAGUUCAUUAAAAAUGUUGAUAACAGAUCAGUUGGAUAGGGAGAAUGAAACGAAACUUUCAUACCUUCUACCAGAGUCGACGAACAAAGAUCUAUUAACACGCACAGAAUCGACGCAACCAUCAAAAGCUAUACAUCAUAUGAGUCCAAUAACACCUCUACAUCCUGAGCAACAACUAGAGGCUUCAUCCCAGAUUGGUAUACCGCCAGGUGCUCCAUCCACAAUGUCGACCACAGAAAGAGAUCAUCCAACAGAAAAUAUGAAACAGUCAGAAACUUCACUUCCGCUUAAUACAAAAUCAAUCAGUCCUAAAAUGUGCGAUUGUACUUGCUAUUUGGAAAUAGGCAAAGAUUCGUGUUUGUGUGAAUGCAACCUUAAAGAAAGCACAUCAGAUGAGUCAAAAAGUGCAACCGCUAGUGCAUCUACCAUUUUAUUACACACAGAAACAAAUCGAGAACUCCACAGCAUGAAAGAUUAUGUUCCAAAAGGCACAACUUUACUUACAGAGGCCAGUCCAGAACAUUUCAGUAUUGAAUAUAUCACAACUAAAGGAGAUGCUAUAACUGGUAAUAAAACCACAAUCCCAUCGGAGCUUUCAUCCUUGGAAAUGAUAGAGUCAAUAACAAGCAGUAAACCAUCAACAUAUGAUAUUUGCGAUUGCACUUGCCUAUUGGAACAAGGAGAUGACUCGUGUACAUGCAACUGUAUGACAGAUACCAUUUCCAUUGAUGCCAAAGGGAAAAAUACAAAUCCAUCGACAUCCUAUCAAACAUCCCAAAAUGAAAUGGGAAAUCAAUCGCAAUUUGUACCUCCAUUAAGUACCGUAUUUAGUGGUCUAAUCAAAAUUUCAACCACAGACGAAGAACACCCAACGCAAGACGACGUAGAAAAAGUAUCAAAAUCUCCACUUCAAUUGAGUACAACCAGUGUAUUUAGUGGUCUACCAAAAUUACCGACCCCAGAAAAAAGCCACUUAACGCUAGAGGAUAAGGAACAACAGUCAAAGUCUUUACCUCUCUUAAGUACAAUAUCAAACUUUCAAUUUGAACAAUCAAGUUUCCUUGGCUGUGAUUGUACUUGCCAAUUGGAAAUAGGAAAAGACUCGUGUAUCUGCGAAUGCAACCCAAAUGGAAGUAGUUCAGAAGUCUCGGUCAGUGGAUCCGAUCAGUCAUUACCCACAGAAACAAAUCAAGAACUCUAUAGUGUAAAAGAUAAUAUCCCAAUACAGGAAGAAAAUGGUACUUCGUUACUUACAGAGGCCAGUCCAGAACCUUUCAGUAUUGAACAUAUCACAACUAGAGACUAUGCUAUUACUGGGAAUAAAACCACAAUGCUAUCGGAGUUUUCAUCCUUGGAAAUGAUAGAUCCAAUAACAAGCAGUAAACCAUCAACACAUAAUGUUUGCGAAUGCACUUGCCUAUUACAACAAGUAAAUGACUCGUGUACAUGCAACUGUAUGACAGAUACCAUUUCCAUUGAUGCAUCUAUGUUAACAGAAAGCCAAAUAAAGUCUAGCGAAGAUUUUCAGUACUCUUCAAACCCUUCUUCAUAUAAAAGUACACUUAAGAAUACAAAUACCAAACAGAGAACUACAAGUCUAUUGACAUUAUUACCAAUUUCGAGUACAGGACAAUAUCAAACAUCCCAAAACGACAUGGAAAAUCAAUCGCAAUCUGUACCACCAUUAAGUACAGCAUUUAGUGGUCUAACCAAAAUUUCAACCACAGACAAAGAUCAUCCAACAUUAAGUAGUCUACAAGAAAUACCAAACACAGGAAUAAGCCACCAAACACUAGAGGAAAAGGAACAACAGUCAAAGUCUUUACCUCUCUUAAGUACAAUAUCCAACUUUCAAUUUGAACAAUCAAGUUUCCUUGGCUGUGAUUGUACUUGCCAGUUGGAAACAGGAAAAGACUCGUGUAUCUGCGAAUGCAACCCAAUUGGAAGUAGUUCAGAAGUCUCGGUCAGUGGAUCCGAUCAGUCAUUACCCACAGAAACAAAUCAAGAUAUUCAUGGUGGGAAAGAUAAUACCUCAAAACCGAUAGGAAGUGAUACUUCGUUACUCACAGAGGCCAGUCCAGAACCUUCCAGUGUUGAACAUAUCACAAGUAAAGGAGAUGCUAUUACUGGUAAUAAAACCACAAUGCCAUCGGAGUUUUCAUCCUUGGAAAUGAUAGAGCCAAUAACAAGCAGUAAACCAUCAAUACAUAAUGUUUGCGAAUGCACUUGCCUAUUGGAACAAGGAGAUGACUCGUGUACAUGCAACUGUAUGACAGAUACCAUUUCUAUUGAUGCAUCUAUAAUAACAGCAAGCCAAAUAAAGUAUAGCGAAGAUUUUCAGUACUCUUCAAACCCUUCUUCAUAUAAAAGUACCCUUGAAACAACAAAAUCAGAAGAGAAAACUACAAGUCCACUGACAUCAUUACCAAUUUCGAGUACAGGACAAUAUCAAACAUCCAAAAACGACAUGGGAAAUCAAUCGCAAUCUGUACCUCCAUUAAGUACAGUAUUUAGUGGUCUACCAAAAUUACCGACUCCAGGAAUAAGCCACUUAACGCUAGAGGAUAAGGAACAACAGUCAAAGUCUUUACCUCUCUUAAGUACAAUAUCAAACUUUCAAAUUGAACAAUCAAGUUUCCUUGGCUGUGACUGUAUUUGCCAAUUGGAAAUGGGAAAAGACUCGUGUAUCUGCGAAUGCAACCCAAAUCGAAGUAGUUCAGAAGUCUCGGUCAGUGGAUCCGAUCAGAACACAGAUCCCACAGAAACAAAUCAAGAUAUUCAUGGUGUGAAAGAUAAUACCUCAAAACCGAUAGGAAGUGAUACUUCGUUACUCACAGAGGCCAGUCCAGAACCUUCCAGUGUUGAACAUAUCACAAGUAAAGUAGAUGCUAUUACUGGUAAUAAAACCACAAUGCCAUCGGAGCUUUCAUCCUUGGAAAUGAUAGAGCCAAUAACAAGCAGUAAACCAUCAAUACAUAAUGUUUGCGAAUGCACUUGCCUAUUAGAACAAAAAAAUGACUCGUGUACAUGCAACUGUAUGACAGAUACCAUUUCCAUUGAUGCAUCUAUGUUAACAGCAAGCCAAAUAAAGUCUAGCGAAGAUUUUCAGUACUCUUCAAACCCUUCUUUAUAUAAAAGUACCCUUAAAACAACAAAUACAGAAGAGGAAACUACAAGUCCAUUGACAUCAUUACCAAUUUCGAGUACAAGGCAAUAUGAAACAUCCCAAAACGAAAUGAUAAAUCAAUCGCAAUCUGUACCACCAUUAAGUGCAGCAUUUAGUGGUCUAGUCAAAAUUUCAACCACAGACAAAGAUCAUCCAACAUUAAGUAGUCUACAAGGAAUACCAAACACAGGAAUAGGCCAUCUAACACUAGAGGAAAAGGAACAACAGUCAAAGUCAUUACCUCUCUUAAGUACAAUAUCAAACUUUGAAUUUGAACAAUCAAGUUUUAGUGGUUGUGGUUGUACUUGCCAGUUGGAAACAGGAAAAGACUCGUGUAUCUGCGAAUGCAACCCAAAUGGAAGUAGUUCAGAAGUCUCGGUAAGUGGAUCCGAGCAGACAUUACCCACAGAAACGAAUCAAGAACUCUAUAGUGUGAAAGAUAAUAUCCCAACACAGGAAGAAAAUGGUACUUCGUUACUAACAGAGGCCAGUUCAGAACCUUUCAGUUAUAAAUAUAUCACAACUAAAGGCUAUCCUCUUACUGGUAAUAAAACCACAAUGCCAUCCGAGCUUUCAUCCUUGGAAAUGACAGAGCCAAUAACAAGCAGUAAGCCAACAAUAUCUGAUAUUUGCGAAUGCACUUGUCAAUUAGAACAAGAAAAUGACUCGUGUACAUGCAACUGUAUGACAGAUACCAUUUCUAUUGAUGUAUCUAUGUUAACAGCAAGCCAAACACCUUUACCUCAAUCCACAACAGAAAAAAGUAGUCCAAUUCAAGAAUCAACAAAGUUUCCUCAAUCAAGUACACAAACUGAAAGUAUAUUUUCAAGUCAAAGUCUAGAUGAAGAUAGAACAUCUGAAGAAGAUACAAGGACACUAUCGAUAUCUCCUUUUCAAUCAAGUACAAUGGCAAAUAGUUUACCUACUGUUUCGAGUGCAGCAAUUCAAACAAUUCAAGAGGAAACAACGGAAUUUUUAACUUCUUUACCUCAAUCCACAACAGAAGAAAGCAGUUCAUUUCAAGAAUCCAGUGAAGAAGAAAAUCAAAUGACAGAAAUGCCAUGGACACUAUCAACAAAGCUUCCUCAAUCAAGUACACAAACUGAAAGUAUAUUUUCAAGUCAAAGUGUAGAUAAAGAUAGAACAUCUGAAGAAGAUACAAGGACACUAUCGAUAACUCCUUUUCAAUCAAGUACAAUGGCAAAUAGAUUGCCUACAGUUUCGAGUGCAGAAGAUCAAACAAUUCAAGAGGAAACAACGGAAUUUGUAACUUCUUUACUUCAAUCCGCAACAGAAGAAAGCAGUUCAUUUCAAGAAUCCAGUGAAGAAGUAAAUCAAAUGACAGAAGUGCCAUGGACACUAUCAACAAAGCUUCCUCAAACAAGUACACAAACUGAAAGUAUAUUUUCAAGUCAAAGUGUAGAUAAAGAUAGAACAUCUGAAGAAGAUACAAGGACACUAUCGAUAUCUCCUUUUCAAUCAAGUACAAUGGCAAAUAGUUUACCUACUGUUUCGAGUGCAGAAAUUCAAACAAUUCAAGAGGAAACAACGGAAUUUUUAACUUCUUUACUUCAAUCCACAAAAGAAGAAAGCAGUUCAUUUCAAGAAUCCAGUGAAGAAGAAAAUCAAAUGACAGAAGUGGCAUGGACACUAUCAACAAAGCUUCCUCAAUCAAGUACACAAACUGAAAGUAUAUUUUCAAGUCAAAGUGUAGAUAAAGAUAGAACAUCUGAAGAAGAUACAAGGACACUAUCGAUAUCUCCUUUUCAAUCAAGUACAAUGGCAAAUAGUUUACCUACUGGUUUGAGUGCAGAAAUUCAAACAAUUCAAGGGGAAACAACGGAAUUUUUAACUUCUUUACCUCAAUCCACAACAGAAGAAAGCAGUUCAUUUCAAGAAUCCAGUGAAGAAGAAAAUCAAAUGACAGAAGUGCCAUGGACACUAUCAACAAAGCUUCCUCAAUUAAGUACACAAACUGAAAGUAUAUUUUCAAGUCAAAGUGUAGAUAAAGAUAGAACAUCUGAAGAAGAUACAAGGACACUAUCGAUAUCUCCUUUUCAAUCAAGUACAAUAGCAAAUAGUUUACCUACUGUUUCGAGUGCAGCAAUUCAAACGAUUCAAGAGGAAACAACGGAAUUUUUAACUUCUUUACCUCAAUCCACAACAGAAGAAAGCAGUUCAUUUCAAGAAUCCAGUGAAGAAGAAAAUCAAAUGACAGAAGUGCCAUGGACACUAUCAACAAAGCUUCCUCAAUCAAGUACACAAACUGAAAGUAUAUUUUCAAGUCAAAGUGUAGAUAAAGAUAGAACAUCUGAAGAAGAUACAAGGACACUAUCGAUAUCUCCUUUUCAAUCAAGUACAAUGGCAAAUAGUUUACCUACUGUUUCGAGUGCAGAAAUUCAAACAAUUCAAGAGGAAACAACGGAAUUUUUAACUUCUUUACCUCAAUCCACAACAGAAGAAAGCAGUUCAUUUCAAGAAUCCAGUGAAGAAGAAAAUCAAAUGACAGAAGUGCCAUGGACACUAUCAACAAAGCUUCCUCAAUUAAGUACACAAACUGAAAGUAUAUUUUCAAGUCAAAGUGUAGAUAAAGAUAGAACAUCUGAAGAAGAUACAAGGACACUAUCGUUAUCUCCUUUUCAAUCAAGUACAAUAGCAAAUAGUUUACCUACUGUUUCGAGUGCAGUAAUUCUAACGAUUCAAGAGGAAACAACGGAAUUUUUAACUUCUUUACCUCAAUCCACAACAGAAGAAAGCAGUUCAUUUCAAGAAUCCAGUGAAGAAGAAAAUCAAGUGACAGAAGUGCCAUGGACACUAUCAACAAAGCUUCCUCAAUCAAGUACACAAACUGAAAGUAUAUUUUCAAGUCAAAGUGUAGAUAAAGAUAGAACAUCUGAAGAUGAUACAAGGACACUAUCGAUAUCUCCUUUUCAACCAAGUACAAUGGCAAAUAGUUUACCUACUGUUUCGAGUGCAGCAAUUCAAACGAUUCAAGAGGAAACAACGGAAUUUUUAACUUCUUUACCUCAAUCCACAACAGAAGAAAGCAGUUCAUUUCAAGAAUCCAGUGAAGAAGAAAAUCAAAUGACAGAAGUGCCAUGGACACUAUCAACAAAGCUUCCUCAAUCAAGUACACAAACUGAAAGUAUAUUUUCAAGUCAAAGUGUAGAUAAAGAUAGAACAUCUGAAGAAGAUACAAGGACACUAUCGAUAUCUCCUUUUCAAUCAAGUACAAUGGUAAAUAGUUUACCUACUGUUUCGAGUGCAGAAAUUCAAACAAUUCAAGAGGAAACAACGGAAUUUUUAACUUCUUUACCUCAAUCCACAACAGAAGAAAGCAGUUCAUUUCAAGAAUCCAGUGAAGAAGAAAAUCAAGUGACAGAAGUGCCAUGGACACUAUCAACUAAGCUUCCUCAAUCAAGUACACAAGCUGAAAGUAUAUUUUCAAGUCAAAGUGUAGAUAAAUUUAGACCAUCUGAAGAAGAUACAAGGACACUAUCGAUAUCUCCUUUUCAAUCAAGUACAAUGGCAAAUAGUUUGUCUACAGUUUCGAGUGCAGAAGAUCAAACAAUUCAAGAGGAAACAACGGAAUUUUUAACUCCUUUACCUCAAUCCACAACAGAAGAAAGCAGUUCAUUUCAAGAAUCCAGUGAAGAAGAAAAUCAAAUGACAGAAGUGCCAUGGACACUAUCAACAAAGCUUCCUCAAUUAAGUACACAAACUGAAAGUAUAUUUUCAAGUCAAAGUGUAGAUAAAGAUAGAACAUCUGAAGAAGAUACAAGGACACUAUCGAUAUCUCCUUUUCAAUCAAGUACAAUGGCAAAUAGUUUACCUACUGUUUCGAGUGCAGCAAUUCAAACAAUUCAAGAGGAAACAACGGAAUUUUUAACUUCUUUACCUCAAUCCACAACAGAAGAAAGCAGUUCAUUUCAAGAAUCCAGUGAAGAAGAAAAUCAAAUGACAGAAGUGCCAUGGACACUAUCAACAAAGCUUCCUCAAUUAAGUACACAAACUGAAAGUAUAUUUUCAAGUCAAAGUGUAGAUAAAGAUAGAACAUCUGAAGAAGAUACAAGGACACUAUCGAUAUCUCCUUUUCAAUCAAGUACAAUGGCAAAUAGUUUACCUACUGUUUCGAGUGCAGAAAUUCAAACAAUUCAAGAGGAAACAACGGAAUUUUUAACUUCUUUACCUCAAUCCACAACAGAAGAAAGCAGUUCAUUUCAAGAAUCCAGUGAAGAAGAAAAUCAAAUGACAGAAGUGCCAUGGACACUAUCAACUAAGCUUCCUCAAUCAAGUACACAAGCUGAAAGUAUAUUUUCAAGUCAAAGUGUAGAUAAAUUUAGACCAUCUGAAGAAGAUACAAGGACACUAUCGAUAUCUCCUUUUCAAUCAAGUACAAUGGCAAAUAGUUUGUCUACAGUUUCGAGUGCAGAAGAUCAAACAAUUCAAGAGGAAACAACGGAAUUUUUAACUCCUUUACCUCAAUCCACAACAGAAGAAAGCAGUUCAUUUCAAGAAUCCAGUGAAGAAGAAAAUCAAAUGACAGAAGUGCCAUGGACACUAUCAACAAAGCUUCCUCAAUUAAGUACACAAACUGAAAGUAUAUUUUCAAGUCAAAGUGUAGAUAAAGAUAGAACAUCUGAAGAAGAUACAAGGACACUAUCGAUAUCUCCUUUUCAAUCAAGUACAAUGGCAAAUAGUUUACCUACUGUUUCGAGUGCAGCAAUUCAAACAAUUCAAGAGGAAACAACGGAAUUUUUAACUUCUUUACCUCAAUCCACAACAGAAGAAAGCAGUUCAUUUCAAGAAUCCAGUGAAGAAGAAAAUCAAAUGACAGAAGUGCCAUGGACACUAUCAACUAAGCUUCCUCAAUCAAGUACACAAGCUGAAAGUAUAUUUUCAAGUCAAAGUGUAGAUAAAUUUAGACCAUCUGAAGAAGAUACAAGGACACUAUCGAUAUCUCCUUUUCAAUCAAGUACAAUGGCAAAUAGUUUGUCUACAGUUUCGAGUGCAGAAGAUCAAACAAUUCAAGAGGAAACAACGGAAUUUUUAACUCCUUUACCUCAAUCCACAACAGAAGAAAGCAAUUCAUUUCAAGAAUCCAGUGAAGAAGAAAAUCAAAUGACAGAAGUGCCAUGGACACUAUCAACAAAGCUUCCUCAAUCAAGUACACAAACUAAAAAUAUAUUUUCAAGUCAAAGUGUAGAUAAAGAUAGAACAUCUGAAGAUGAUACAAGGACACUAUCAAUAUCUCCUUUUCAAUCAAGUACAAUGGCAAAUAGUUUACCUACUGUUUCGAGUGCAGAAAUUCAAACAAUUCAAGAGGAAACAACGGAAUUUUUAACUUCUUUACCUCAAUCCACAACAGAAGAAAGCAGUUCAUUUCAAGAAUCCAGUGAAGAAGAAAAUCAAAUGACAGAAGUGCCAUGGACACUAUCAACUAAGCUUCCUCAAUCAAGUACACAAGCUGAAAGUAUAUUUUCAAGUCAAAGUGUAGAUAAAUUUAGACCAUCUGAAGAAGAUACAAGGACACUAUCGAUAUCUCCUUUUCAAUCAAGUACAAUGGCAAAUAGUUUGUCUACAGUUUCGAGUGCAGAAGAUCAAACAAUUCAAGAGGAAACAACGGAAUUUUUAACUCCUUUACCUCAAUCCACAACAGAAGAAAGCAGUUCAUUUCAAGAAUCCAGUGAAGAAGAAAAUCAAAUGACAGAAGUGCCAUGGACACUAUCAACAAAGCUUCCUCAAUUAAGUACACAAACUGAAAGUAUAUUUUCAAGUCAAAGUGUAGAUAAAGAUAGAACAUCUGAAGAAGAUACAAGGACACUAUCGAUAUCUCCUUUUCAAUCAAGUACAAUGGCAAAUAGUUUACCUACUGUUUCGAGUGCAGCAAUUCAAACAAUUCAAGAGGAAACAACGGAAUUUUUAACUUCUUUACCUCAAUCCACAACAGAAGAAAGCAGUUCAUUUCAAGAAUCCAGUGAAGAAGAAAAUCAAAUGACAGAAGUGCCAUGGACACUAUCAACAAAGCUUCCUCAAUUAAGUACACAAACUGAAAGUAUAUUUUCAAGUCAAAGUGUAGAUAAAGAUAGAACAUCUGAAGAAGAUACAAGGACACUAUCGAUAUCUCCUUUUCAAUCAAGUACAAUGGCAAAUAGUUUACCUACUGUUUCGAGUGCAGCAAUUCAAACAAUUCAAGAGGAAACAACGGAAUUUUUAACUUCUUUACCUCAAUCCACAACAGAAGAAAGCAGUUCAUUUCAAGAAUCCAGUGAAGAAGAAAAUCAAAUGACAGAAGUGCCAUGGACACUAUCAACUAAGCUUCCUCAAUCAAGUACACAAGCUGAAAGUAUAUUUUCAAGUCAAAGUGUAGAUAAAUUUAGACCAUCUGAAGAAUAUACAAGGACACUAUCGAUAUCUCCUUUUCAAUCAAGUACAAUGGCAAAUAGUUUGUCUACAGUUUCGAGUGCAGAAGAUCAAACAAUUCAAGAGGAAACAACGGAAUUUUUAACUCCUUUACCUCAAUCCACAACAGAAGAAAGCAGUUCAUUUCAAGAAUCCAGUGAAGAAGAAAAUCAAAUGACAGAAGUGCCAUGGACACUAUCAACAAAGCUUCCUCAAUUAAGUACACAAACUGAAAGUAUAUUUUCAAGUCAAAGUGUAGAUAAAGAUAGAACAUCUGAAGAAGAUACAAGGACACUAUCGAUAUCUCCUUUUCAAUCAAGUACAAUAGCAAAUAGUUUACCUACUGUUUCGAGUGCAGCAAUUCAAACAAUUCAAGAGGAAACAACGGAAUUUUUAACUUCUUUACCUCAAUCCACAACAGAAGAAAGCAGUUCAUUUCAAGAAUCCAGUGAAGAAGAAAAUCAAAUGACAGAAGUGCCAUGGACACUAUCAACAAAGCUUCCUCAAUCAAGUACACAAACUGAAAGUAUAUUUUCAAGUCAAAGUGUAGAUAAAGAUAGAACAUCUAAAGAAGAUACAAGGGCACUAUCGAUAUCUCCUUUUCAAUCAAGUACAAUGGCAAAUAGUUUACCUACUGUUUCGAGUGCAGCAAUUCAAACAAUUCAAGAGGAAACAACGGAAUUUUUAACUUCUUUACCUCAAUCCACAACAGAAGAAAGCAGUUCAUUUCAAGAAUCCAGUGAAGAAGAAAAUCAAAUGACAGAAGUGCCAUGGACACUAUCAACAAAGCUUCCUCAAUCAAGUACACAAACUGAAAGUAUAUUUUCAAGUCAAAGUGUAGAUAAAGAUAGAACAUCUGAAGAAGAUACAAGGACACUAUCGAUAUCUCCUUUUCAAUCAAGUACAAUGGCAAAUAGUUUGUCUACAGUUUCGAGUGCAGAAGAUCAAACAAACCAAGAGGAAACAACGGAAUUUUUAACUCCUUUACCUCAAUCCACAACAGAAGAAAGCAGUUCAUUUCAAGAAUCCAGUGAAGAAGAAAAUCAAAUGACAGAAGUGCCAUGGACACUAUCAACAAAGCUUCCUCAAUCAAGUACACAAACUGAAAGUAUAUUUUCAAGUCAAAGUGUAGAUAAAGAUAGAACAUCUGAAGAAUAUACAAGGACUCUAUCGAUAUCUCCUUUUCAAUCAAGUACAAUGGCAAAUAGUUUUCCCACAGUUUCGAGUGCAGAAGAUCAAACAAUUCAAGAGGAAACAACGGAAUUUUUAACUCCUUUACCUCAAUCCACAACAGAAGAAAGCAGUUCAUUUCAAGAAUCCAGUGAUGAAGAAAAUCAAAUGACAGAAGUGCCAUGGACACUAUCAACAAAGCUUCCUCAAUCAAAUACACAAACUGAAAGUAUAUUUUCAAGUCAAAGUGUAGAUAAAGAUAGAACAUCUAAAGAAGACUCAAGGACACUAUCGAUAUCUCCUUUUCAAUCAAGUACAAUGACAAAUAGUUUACCUACUGUUUCGAGUGCAGAAGAUCAAACAAUUCAAGAGGAAACAACGGAAUUUUUAACUUCUUUACCUCAAUCCACAACAGAAGAAAGCAGUUCAUUUCAAGAAUCCAGUAAUGAAGAAAAUCAAAUGACAGAAGUGCCAUGGACACUAUCAACAAAGCUUCCUCAAUCAAGUACACAAACUGAAAGUAUAUUUUCAAGUCAAAGUGUAGAUAAAGAUAGAACAUCUGAAGAAGAUACAAGGACACUAUCGAUAUCUCCUUUUCAAUCAAGUACAAUGGCAAAUAGUUUGUCUACAGUUUCGAGUGCAGAAGAUCAAACAAACCAAGAGGAAACAACGGAAUUUUUAACUCCUUUACCUCAAUCCACAACAGAAGAAAGCAGUUCAUUUCAAGAAUCCAGUGAAGAAGAAAAUCAAAUGACAGAAGUGCCAUGGACACUAUCAACAAAGCUUCCUCAAACAAGUACACAAACUGAAAGUAUAUUUUCAAGUCAAAGUGUAGAUAAAGAUAGAACAUCUGAAGAAUAUACAAGGACACUAUCGAUAUCUCCUUUUCAAUCAAGUACAAUGGCAAAUAGUUUACCUACUGUUUCGAGUGCAGCAAUUCAAACGAUUCAAGAGGAAACAACGGAAUUUUUAACUUCUUUACCUCAAUCCACAACAGAAGAAAGCAGUUCAUUUCAAGAAUCCAGUGUAGAAGAAAAUCAAAUGACAGAAGUGCCAUGGACACUAUUAACAAAGCUUCCUCAAUCAAGUACACAAGCUGAAAGUAUAUUUUCAAGUCAAAGUGUAGAUAAAGAUAGAACAUCUGAAAAAGAUACAAGGACACUAUCGAUAUCUCCUUUUCAAUCAAGUACAAUGGCAAAUAGUUUUCCCACAGUUUCGAGGGCAGAAGAUCAAACAAUUCAAGAGGAAACAACGGAAUUUUUAACUUCUUUACCUCAAUCCACAACAGAAGAAAGCAGUUCAUUUCAAGAAUCCAGUAAAGAAGAAAAGGAAAUGACAGAAGUGCCAUGGACACUAUCAACUAAGCUUCCUCAAUCAAGUACACAAAUUGAAAGUAUAUUUUCAAGUCAAAGUGUAGAUAAAGAUAGAACAUCUGAAGAAGAUACAAGGACACUAUCGAUAUCUCCUUUUCAAUCAAGUACAAUGGCAAAUAGUUUGUCUACAGUUUCGAGUGCAGAAGAUCAAACAAACCAAGAGGAAACAACGGAAUUUUUAACUCCUUUACCUCAAUCCACAACAGAAGAAAGCAGUUCAUUUCAAGAAUCCAGUGAAGAAGAAAAUCAAAUGACAGAAGUGCCAUGGACACUAUCAACAAAGCUUCCUCAAACAAGUACACAAACUGAAAGUAUAUUUUCAAGUCAAAGUGUAGAUAAAGAUAGAACAUCUGAAGAAUAUACAAGGACACUAUCGAUAUCUCCUUUUCAAUCAAGUACAAUGGCAAAUAGUUUACCUACUGUUUCGAGUGCAGCAAUUCAAACGAUUCAAGAGGAAACAACGGAAUUUUUAACUUCUUUACCUCAAUCCACAACAGAAGAAAGCAGUUCAUUUCAAGAAUCCAGUGUAGAAGAAAAUCAAAUGACAGAAGUGCCAUGGACACUAUUAACAAAGCUUCCUCAAUCAAGUACACAAGCUGAAAGUAUAUUUUCAAGUCAAAGUGUAGAUAAAGAUAGAACAUCUGAAAAAGAUACAAGGACACUAUCGAUAUCUCCUUUUCAAUCAAGUACAAUGGCAAAUAGUUUUCCCACAGUUUCGAGGGCAGAAGAUCAAACAAUUCAAGAGGAAACAACGGAAUUUUUAACUUCUUUACCUCAAUCCACAACAGAAGAAAGCAGUUCAUUUCAAGAAUCCAGUAAAGAAGAAAAGGAAAUGACAGAAGUGCCAUGGACACUAUCAACUAAGCUUCCUCAAUCAAGUACACAAAUUGAAAGUAUAUUUUCAAGUCAAAGUGUAGAUAAAGAUAGAACAUCUGAAGAAGAUACAAGGACACUAUCGAUAUCUCCUUUUCAAUCAAGUACAAUGGCAAAUAGUUUGUCUACAGUUUCGAGUGCAGAAGAUCAAACAAACCAAGAGGAAACAACGGAAUUUUUAACUCCUUUACCUCAAUCCACAACAGAAGAAAGCAGUUCAUUUCAAGAAUCCAAUGAAGAAGAAAAUCAAAUGACAGAAGUGCCAUGGACACUAUCAACAAAGCUUCCUCAAACAAGUACACAAACUGAAAGUAUAUUUUCAAGUCAAAGUGUAGAUAAAGAUAGAACAUCUGAAGAAUAUACAAGGACACUAUCGAUAUCUCCUUUUCAAUCAAGUACAAUGGCAAAUAGUUUACCUACUGUUUCGAGUGCAGCAAUUCAAACGAUUCAAGAGGAAACAACGGAAUUUUUAACUUCUUUACCUCAAUCCACAACAGAAGAAAGCAGUUCAUUUCAAGAAUCCAGUGAAGAAGAAAAUCAAAUGACAGAAGUGCCAUGGACACUAUUAACAAAGCUUCCUCAAUCAAGUACACAAGCUGAAAGUAUAUUUUCAAGUCAAAGUGUAGAUAAAGAUAGAACAUCUGAAAAAGAUACAAGGACACUAUCGAUAUCUCCUUUUCAAUCAAGUACAAUGGCAAAUAGUUUUCCCACAGUUUCGAGGGCAGAAGAUCAAACAAUUCAAGAGGAAACAACGGAAUUUUUAACUUCUUUACCUCAAUCCACAACAGAAGAAAGCAGUUCAUUUCAAGAAUCCAGUAAAGAAGAAAAGGAAAUGACAGAAGUGCCAUGGACACUAUCAACUAAGCUUCCUCAAUCAAGUACACAAAUUGAAAGUAUAUUUUCAAGUCAAAGUGUAGAUAAAGAUAGAACAUCUGAAGAAGAUACAAGGACACUAUCGAUAUCUCCUUUUCAAUCAAGUACAAUGGCAAAUAGUUUGUCUACAGUUUCGAGUGCAGAAGAUCAAACAAACCAAGAGGAAACAACGGAAUUUUUAACUCCUUUAACUCAAUCCACAACAGAAGAAAGCAGUUCAUUUCAAGAAUCCAGUAAAGAAGAAAAGGAAAUGACAGAAGUGCCAUGGACACUAUCAACUAAGCUUCCUCAAUCAAGUACACAAAUUGAAAGUAUAUUUUCAAGUCAAAGUGUAGAUAAAGAUAGAACAUCUGAAGAAGAUACAAGGACACUAUCGAUAUCUCCUUUUCAAUCAAGUACAAUGGCAAAUAGUUUGUCUACAGUUUCGAGUGCAGAAGAUCAAACAAACCAAGAGGAAACAACGGAAUUUUUAACUCCUUUACCUCAAUCCACAACAGAAGAAAGCAGUUCAUUUCAAGAAUCCAGUGAAGAAGAAAAUCAAAUGACAGAAGUGCCAUGGACACUAUCAACAAAGCUUCCUCAAACAAGUACACAAACUGAAAGUAUAUUUUCAAGUCAAAGUGUAGAUAAAGAUAGAACAUCUGAAGAAUAUACAAGGACACUAUCGAUAUCUCCUUUUCAAUCAAGUACAAUGGCAAAUAGUUUACCUACUGUUUCGAGUGCAGCAAUUCAAACGAUUCAAGAGGAAACAACGGAAUUUUUAACUUCUUUACCUCAAUCCACAACAGAAGAAAGCAGUUCAUUUCAAGAAUCCAGUGUAGAAGAAAAUCAAAUGACAGAAGUGCCAUGGACACUAUUAACAAAGCUUCCUCAAUCAAGUACACAAGCUGAAAGUAUAUUUUCAAGUCAAAGUGUAGAUAAAGAUAGAACAUCUGAAAAAGAUACAAGGACACUAUCGAUAUCUCCUUUUCAAUCAAGUACAAUGGCAAAUAGUUUUCCCACAGUUUCGAGGGCAGAAGAUCAAACAAUUCAAGAGGAAACAACGGAAUUUUUAACUUCUUUACCUCAAUCCACAACAGAAGAAAGCAGUUCAUUUCAAGAAUCCAGUAAAGAAGAAAAGGAAAUGACAGAAGUGCCAUGGACACUAUCAACUAAGCUUCCUCAAUCAAGUACACAAAUUGAAAGUAUAUUUUCAAGUCAAAGUGUAGAUAAAGAUAGAACAUCUGAAGAAGAUACAAGGACACUAUCGAUAUCUCCUUUUCAAUCAAGUACAAUGGCAAAUAGUUUGUCUACAGUUUCGAGUGCAGAAGAUCAAACAAACCAAGAGGAAACAACGGAAUUUUUAACUCCUUUAACUCAAUCCACAACAGAAGAAAGCAGUUCAUUUCAAGAAUCCAGUGAAGAAGAAAAUCAAAUGACAGAAGUGCCAUGGACACUAUCAACAAAGCUUCCUCAAACAAGUACACAAACUGAAAGUAUAUUUUCAAGUCAAAGUGUAGAUAAAGAUAGAACAUCUGAAGAAGAUACAAGGACACUAUCUAUAUCUUCUUUUCAAUCAAGUACAAUGGCAAAUAGUUUACCUACUGUUUCGAGUAUAGCAAUUCAAACAAUUCAAGAGGAAACAACGGAAUUUUUAACUUCUUUACCUAAAUCCACAACAGAAGAAAGCAGUUCAUUUCAAGAAUCCAGUGAAGAAGAAAAUCAAAUGACAGAAGUGCCAUGGACACUAUCAACAAAGCUUCCUCAAACAAGUACACAAACUGAAAGUAUAUUUUCAAGUCAAGGUGUAGAUAAAGAUAGAACAUCUGAAGAAGAUACAAGGACACUAUCGAUAUCUCCUUUUCAAUCAAGUACAAUGGCAAAUAGUUUACCUACUGUUUCGAGUGCAGCAAUUCAAACGAUUCAAGAGGAAACAACGGAAUUUUUAACUUCUUUACCUCAAUCCACAACAGAAGAAAGCAGUUCAUUUCAAGAAUCCAGUGUAGAAGAAAAUCAAAUGACAGAAGUGCCAUGGACACUAUCAACAAAGCUUCCUCAAUCAAGUACACAAGCUGAAAGUAUAUUUUCAAGUCAAAGUGUAGAUAAAUUUAGACCAUCUGAAGAAGAUACAAGGACACUAUCGAUAUCUCCUUUUCAAUCAAGUACAAUGGCAAAUAGUUUGUCUACAGUUUCGAGUGCAGAAGAUCAAACAAACCAAGAGGAAACAACGGAAUUUUUAACUCCUUUAACUCAAUCCACAACAGAAGAAAGCAGUUCAUUUCAAGAAUCCAGUGAAGAAGUAAAUCAAAUGACAGAAGUGCCAUGGACACUAUCAACAAAGCUUCCUCAAUCAAGUACACAAACUGAAAGUAUAUUUUCAAGUCAAAGUGUAGAUAAAGAUAGAACAUCUAAAGAAGACUCAAGGACACUAUCGAUAUCUCCUUUUCAAUCAAGUACAAUGACAAAUAGUUUACCUACUGUUUCGAGUGCAGAAGAUCAAACAAUUCAAGAGGAAACAACGGAAUUUUUAACUCCUUUACCUCAAUCCACAACAGAAGAAAGCAGUUCAUUUCAAGAAUCCAGUAAUGAAGAAAAUCAAAUGACAGAAGUGCCAUGGACACUAUCAACAAAGCUGCCUCAAACAAGUACUCAAACUAAAAGUAUAUUUUCAAGUCAAAGUGUAUAUGAAGAUAUAACAUCUGAAGAAGAUACAAGGACACUAUCGAUAUACCCUUUUCAAUCAAGUACAAUGGCAAAUAGUUUACCUACUGUUCCGAGUGCAGAAAUUCAAACAAUUCAAGAGGAAACAACGGAAUUUUUAACUCCUUUACCUCAAUCCACAACAGAAGAAAGCAGUUCAUUUCAAGAAUCCAGUGAAAAAGAAAAUCAAAUGACAGAAGUGCCAUGGACACUAUCAACAAAGCUUUCUCAAUCAAGUACACAAACUGAAAGUAUAUUUUCAAGUCAAAGUGUAGAUGAAGAUAGAACAUCUGAAGAAGAUACAAGGACACUAUCGAUAUCUAAUAUUCAAUCAAGUACAAUGGCAAAUAGUUUUCCCACAGUUUCGAGUGCAGAAGAUCAAACAAUUAAAGACGAAACAACGGAAUUUUUAACUCCUUUACCUCAAUCUACAACAGAAAAAAGCAGUUCAUUUCAAGAAUCCAGUGAAGAAGAAAAUCAAAUGACAGAAGUGCCAUGGACACUAUCAACAAAGCUUCCUCAAUCAAGUACACAAACUGAAAGUAUAUUUUCAAGUCAAAGUGAAGAUAAAAACAGAAUAUCUAAAGAAGAUACAAGGACACUAUCGAUAUCUCCUUUUCAAUCAAGUACAAUGGCAAAUAGUUUACCUACUGUUUCGAGUGCAGAAAUUGAAACAAUUAAAGAGGAAACAACGGAAUUUUUAACUCCUUUACCCCAAUCCACAACAGAAGAAAGCAGUUCAUUUCAAGAAUCCAGUGAAGAAGAAAAUCAAAUGACAGAAGUGCCAUGGACACUAUCAACAAAGCUUCCUCAAUCAAGUACACAAACUGAAAGUAUAUUUUCAAGUAAAAGUGUAGAUAAAGAUAGAACAUCUGAAGAAGAUACAAGGACACUAUCGAUAUCUCCUUUUCAAUCAAGUACAAUGGCAAAUAGUUUACCUACUGUUUCGAGUGCAGCAAUUCAAACGAUUCAAGAGGAAACAACGGAAUUUUUAACUUCUUUACCUCAAUCCACAACAGAAGAAAGCAGUUCAUUUCAAGAAUCCAGUGAAGAAGAAAAUCAAAUGACAGAAGUGCCAUGGACACUAUCAACAAAGCUUCCUCAAUCAAGUACACAAACUGAAAGUAUAUUUUCAAGUAAAAGUGUAGAUAAAGAUAGAACAUCUGAAGAAGAUACAAGGACACUAUCGAUAUUUCCUUUUCAAUCAAGUACAAUGGCAAAUAGUUUACCUACUGUUUCGAGUGCAGAAAUUCAAACAAUUCAAGAGGAAACAACGGAAUUUUUAACUUCUUUACCUCAAUCCACAACAGAAGAAAGCAGUUCAUUUCAAGAAUCCAGUGAAGAAGAAAAUCAAAUGACAGAAGUGCCAUGGACACUAUCAACAAAGCUUUCUCAAUCAAGUACACAAACUGAAAGUAUAUUUUCAAGUAAAAGUGUAGAUAAAGAUAGAACAUCUGAAGAAGAUACAAGGACACUAUCGAUAUCUCCUUUUCAAUCAAGUACAAUGGCAAAUAGUUUACCUACUGUUUCGAGUGCAGAAAUUCAAACAAUUCAAGAGGAAACAACGGAAUUUUUAACUUCUUUACCUCAAUCCACAACAGAAGAAAGCAGUUCAUUUCAAGAAUCCAGUGAAGAAGAAAAUCAAAUGACAGAAGUGCCAUGGACACUAUCAACAAAGCUUCCUCAAUCAAGUACACAAACUGAAAGUAUAUUUUCAAGUAAAAGUGUAGAUAAAGAUAGAACAUCUGAAGAAGAUACAAGGACACUAUCGAUAUCUCCUUUUCAAUCAAGUACAAUGGCAAAUAGUUUACCUACUGUUUCGAGUGCAGAAAUUCAAGAGGAAACAACGGAAUUUUUAACUUCUUUACCUCAAUCCACAACAGAAGAAAGCAGUUCAUUUCAAGAAUCCAGUGAAGAAGAAAAUCAAAUGACAGAAGUGCCAUGGACACUAUCAACAAAGCUUCCUCAAUCAAGUACACAAACUGAAAGUAUAUUUUCAAGUAAAAGUGUAGAUAAAGAUAGAACAUCUGAAGAAGAUACAAGGACACUAUCGAUAUUUCCUUUUCAAUCAAGUACAAUGGCAAAUAGUUUACCUACUGUUUCGAGUGCAGAAAUUCAAACAAUUCAAGAGGAAACAACGGAAUUUUUAACUUCUUUACCUCAAUCCACAACAGAAGAAAGCAGUUCAUUUCAAGAAUCCAGUGAAGAAGAAAAUCAAAUGACAGAAGUGCCAUGGACACUAUCAACAAAGCUUCCUCAAUCAAGUACACAAACUGAAAGUAUAUUUUCAAGUCAAAGUGUAGAUGAAGAUAGAACAUCUGAAGAAGAUACAAGGACACUAUCGAUAUCUCCUUUUCAAUCAAGUACAAUGGCAAAUAGUUUACCUACUGUUUCGAGUGCAGAAAUUCAAACAAUUCAAGAGGAAACAACGGAAUUUUUAACUUCUUUACCUCAAUCCACAACAGAAGAAAGCAGUUCAUUUCAAGAAUCCAGUGAAGAAGAAAAUCAAAUGACAGAAGUGCCAUGGACACUAUCAACAAAGCUUCUUCCAUCAAGUACACAAACUGAAAGAAUAUUUUCAAGUCAAAGUGUAAAUAAAGAUAGAACAUCUGAAGAAGAAACAAGGACACUAUCGAUAUCUCCUUUUCAAUCAAGUACAAUGGCAAAUAGUUUACCUACUGUUCCGAGUGCAGAAAUUCAAACAAUUCAAGAGGAAACAACGGAAUUUUUAAAUCCUUUACCUCAAUCCACAACAGAAGAAAGCAGUUCAUUUCAAGAAUCCAGUGAAGAAGAAAAUCAAAUGACAGAAGGGCCAUGGACUCUAUCAACAAAGCUUUCUCAACCAAGUACACAAACUGAAAGUAUAUUUUCAAGUCAAAGUGUAGAUGAAGAUAGAACAUCUGAAGAAGAUACAAGGACACUAUCGAUAUCUCCUUUUCAAUCAAGUACAAUGGCAAAUAGUUUACCUACUGUUCCGAGUGCAGAAAUUCAAACAAUUAAAGAGGAAACAACGGAAUUUUUAACUUCUUUACCUCAAUCCACAACAGAAGAAAGCAGUUCACUUAAAGAAUCCAGUGAAGAAGAAAAUCAAAUGACAGAAGUGCCAUGGACACUAUCAACAAAGCUUCCUCAAUCAAGUACUCAAACUAAAAGUAUAUUUUCAAGUCAAAGUGUAGAUGAAGAUAGAACAUCUGAAGAAGAUACAAGGACACUAUCGAUAUCUCCUUUUCAAUCAAGUACAAUGGCAAAUAGUUUACCUACUGUUCCGAGUGCAGAAACUCAAACAAUUCAAGAGGAAACAACGGAAUUUUUAACUCCUUUACCUCAAUCCACAACAGAAGAAAGCAGUUCAUUUCAAGAAUCCAGUGAAGAAGAAAAUCAAAUGACAGAAGUUCCAUGGACACUAUCAACAAAGCUUUCUCAAUCAAGUACACAAACUGAAAGUAUAUUUUCAAGUCAAAGUGUAGAUGAAGAUAGAACAUCUGAAGAAGAUACAAGGACACUAUCGAUAUCUAAUUUUCAAUCAAGUACAAUGGCAAAUAGUUUUCCCACAGUUUCGAGUGCAGAAGAUCAAACAAUUAAAGACGAAACAACGGAAUUUUUAACUCCUUUACCUCAAUCUACAACAGAAGAAAGCAGUUCAUUUCAAGAAUCCAGUGAAGAAGAAAAUCAAAUGACAGAAGUGCCAUGGACACUAUCAACAAAGCUUCCUCAAUCAAGUACACAAACUGAAAGUAUAUUUUCAAGUCAAAGUGAAGAUAAAAACAGAAUAUCUAAAGAAGAUACAAGGACACUAUCGAUAUCUCCUUUUCAAUCAAGUACAAUGGCAAAUAGUUUACCUGCUGUUUCGAGUGCAGAAAUUCAAACAAUUCAAGAGGAAACAACGGAAUUUUUAACUUCUUUACCUCAAUCCACAACAGAAGAAAGCAGUUCAUUUAAAGAAUCCAGUGAAGAAGAAAAUCAAAUGACAGAAGUGCCAUGGACACUAUCAACAAAUCAAAGUGUAAAUAAAGAUAGAACAUCUGAAGAAGAUACAAGGACACUAUCGAUAUCUCCUUUUCAAUCAAGUACAAUGGCAAAUAGUUUACCUACUGUUUCGAGUGCAGAAAUUCAAGAGGAAACAACGGAAUUUUUAACUUCUUUACCUCAAUCCACAACAGAAGAAAGCAGUUCAUUUCAAGAAUCCAGUGAAGAAGAAAAUCAAAUGACAGAAGUGCCAUGGACACUAUCAACAAAGCUUCCUCAAUCAAGUACACAAACUGAAAGUAUAUUUUCAAGUAAAAGUGUAGAUAAAGAUAGAACAUCUGAAGAAGAUACAAGGACACUAUCGAUAUUUCCUUUUCAAUCAAGUACAAUGGCAAAUAGUUUACCUACUGUUUCGAGUGCAGAAAUUCAAACAAUUCAAGAGGAAACAACGGAAUUUUUAACUUCUUUACCUCAAUCCACAACAGAAGAAAGCAGUUCAUUUCAAGAAUCCAGUGAAGAAGAAAAUCAAAUGACAGAAGUGCCAUGGACACUAUCAACAAAGCUUCCUCAAUCAAGUACACAAACUGAAAGUAUAUUUUCAAGUAAAAGUGUAGAUAAAGAUAGAACAUCUGAAGAAGAUACAAGGACACUAUCGAUAUCUCCUUUUCAAUCAAGUACAAUGGCAAAUAGUUUACCUACUGUUUCGAGUGCAGAAAUUCAAACAAUUCAAGAGGAAACAACGGAAUUUUUAACUUCUUUACCUCAAUCCACAACAGAAGAAAGCAGUUCAUUUCAAGAAUCCAGUGAAGAAGAAAAUCAAAUGACAGAAGUGCCAUGGACACUAUCAACAAAGCUUCUUCCAUCAAGUACACAAACUGAAAGAAUAUUUUCAAGUCAAAGUGUAAAUAAAGAUAGAACAUCUGAAGAAGAUACAAGGACACUAUCGAUAUCUCCUUUUCAAUCAAGUACAAUGGCAAAUAGUUUACCUACUGUUCCGAGUGCAGAAAUUCAAACAAUUCAAGAGGAAACAACGGAAUUUUUAAAUCCUUUACCUCAAUCCACAACAGAAGAAAGCAGUUCAUUUCAAGAAUCCAGUGAAGAAGAAAAUCAAAUGACAGAAGGGCCAUGGACACUAUCAACAAAGCUUCCUCAAUCAAGUACACAAACUGAAAGUAUAUUUUCAAGUCAAAGUGUAGAUGAAGAUAGAACAUCUGAAGAAGAUACAAGGACACUAUCGAUAUCUAAUUUUCAAUCAAGUACAAUGGCAAAUAGUUUUCCCACAGUUUCGAGUGCAGAAGAUCAAACAAUUAAAGAGGAAACAACGGAAUUUUUAACUCCUUUACCUCAAUCUACAACAGAAGAAAGCAGUUCACUUAAAGAAUCCAGUGAAGAAGAAAAUCAAAUGACAGAAGUGCCAUGGACACUAUCAACAAAGCUUCUUCCAUCAAGUACACAAACUGAAAGAAUAUUUUCAAGUCAAAGUGUAAAUAAAGAUAGAACAUCUGAAGAAGAUACAAGGACACUAUCGAUAUCUAAUUUUCAAUCAAGUACAAUGGCAAAUAGUUUACCUACUGUUCCGAGUGCAGAAAUUCAAACAAUUCAACAGGAAACAACGGAAUUUUUAAAUCCUUUACCUCAAUCCACAACAGAAGAAAGCAGUUCAUUUCAAGAAUCCAGUGAAGAAGAAAAUCAAAUGACAGAAGGGCCAUGGACACUAUCAACAAAGCUUCCUCAAUCAAGUACACAAACUGAAAGUAUAUUUUCAAGUCAAAGUGUAGAUGAAGAUAGAACAUCUGAAGAAGAUACAAGGACACUAUCGAUAUCUAAUUUUCAAUCAAGUACAAUGGCAAAUAGUUUUCCCACAGUUUCGAGUGCAGAAGAUCAAACAAUUAAAGAGGAAACAACGGAAUUUUUAACUCCUUUACCUCAAUCUACAACAGAAGAAAGCAGUUCACUUAAAGAAUCCAGUGAAGAAGAAAAUCAAAUGACAGAAGUGCCAUGGACACUAUCAACAAAGCUUCCUCAAUCAAGUACACAAACUGAAAGUAUAUUUUCAAGUCAAAGUGUAGAUGAAGAUAGAACAUCUGAAGAAGAUACAAGGACACUAUCGAUAUCUCCUUUUCAAUCAAGUACAAUGGCAAAUAGUUUACCUACUGUUUCGAGUGCAGAAAUUCAAACAAUUCAAGAGGAAACAACGGAAUUUUUAACUUCUUUACCUCAAUCCACAACAGAAGAAAGCAGUUCAUUUCAAGAAUCCAGUGAAGAAGAAAAUCAAAUGACAGAAGUGCCAUGGACACUAUCAACAAAACUUCUUCCAUCAAGUACACAAACUGAAAGAAUAUUUUCAAGUCAAAGUGUAAAUAAAGAUAGAACAUCUGAAGAAGAUACAAGGACACUAUCGAUAUCUCCUUUUCAAUCAAGUACAAUGGCAAAUAGUUUACCUACUGUUCCGAGUGCAGAAAUUCAAACAAUUCAAGAGAAACCAACGGAAUUUUUAACUCCUUUACCUCAAUCCACAACAGAAGAAAGCAGUUCACUUAAAGAAUCCAGUGAAGAAGAAAAUCAAAUGACAGAAGUUAUAUUUUCAAGUCAAAGUGUAGAUGAAGAUAGAACAUCUGAAGAAGAUACAAGGACACUAUCGAUAUCUCCUUUUCAAUCAAGUACAAUGGCAAAUAGUUUACCUACUGUUUCGAGUGCAGAAAUUCAAACAAUUCAAGAGGAAACAACGGAAUUUUUAACUUCUUUACCUCAAUCCACAACAGAAGAAAGCAGUUCAUUUCAAGAAUCCAGUGAAGAAGAAAAUCAAAUGACAGAAGUGCCAUGGACACUAUCAACAAAACUUCUUCCAUCAAGUACACAAACUGAAAGAAUAUUUUCAAGUCAAAGUGUAAAUAAAGAUAGAACAUCUGAAGAAGAUACAAGGACACUAUCGAUAUCUCCUUUUCAAUCAAGUACAAUGGCAAAUAGUUUACCUACUGUUCCGAGUGCAGAAAUUCAAACAAUUCAAGAGAAACCAACGGAAUUUUUAACUCCUUUACCUCAAUCCACAACAGAAGAAAGCAGUUCAUUUCAAGAAUCCAGUGAAGAAGAAAAUCAAAUGACAGAAGUGCCAUGGACACUAUCAACAAAGCUUCCUCAAUCAAGUACACAAACUGAAAGUAUAUUUUCAAGUCAAAGUGAAGAUAAAAACAGAAUAUCUAAAGAAGAUACAAGGACACUAUCGAUAUCUCCUUUUCAAUCAAGUACAAUGGCAAAUAGUUUACCUACUGCUUCGAGUGCAGAAAUUGAAACAAUUAAAGAGGAAACAACGGAAUUUUUAACUCCUUUACCCCAAUCCACAACAGAAGAAAGCAGUUCAUUUCAAGAAUCUAGUGAAGAAGAAAAUCAAAUGACAGAAGUGCCAUGGACACUAUCAACAAAGCUUCCUCAAUCAAGUACACAAACUGAAAGUAUAUUUUCAAGUAAAAGUGUAGAUAUAGAUAGAACAUCUGAAGAAGAUACAAGGACACUAUCGAUAUCUCCUUUUCAAUCAAGUACAAUGGCAAAUAGUUUACCUACUGUUCCGAGUGCAGAAACUCAAACAAUUCAAGAGGAAACAACGGAAUUUUUAACUCCUUUACCUCAAUCCACAACAGAAGAAAGCAGUUCAUUUCAAGAAUCCAGUGAAGAAGAAAAUCAAAUGACAGAAGUUCCAUGGACACUAUCAACAAAGCUUUCUCAAUCAAGUACACAAACUGAAAGUAUAUUUUCAAGUCAAAGUGUAGAUGAAGAUAGAACAUCUGAAGAAGAUACAAGGACACUAUCGAUAUCUAAUUUUCAAUCAAGUACAAUGGCAAAUAGUUUUCCCACAGUUUCGAGUGCAGAAGAUCAAACAAUUAAAGAGGAAACAACGAAAUUUUUAACUCCUUUACCCCAAUCCACAACAGAAGAAAGCAGUUCAUUUCAAGAAUCCAGUGAAGAAGAAAAUCAAAUGACAGAAGUGCCAUGGACACUAUCAACAAAGCUUCCUCAAUCAAGUACACAAACUGAAAGUAUAUUUUCAAGUCAAAGUGAAGAUAAAAACAGAAUAUCUAAAGAAGAUACAAGGACACUAUCGAUAUCUCCUUUUCAACCAAGUACAAUGGCAAACAGUUUACCUACUGUUUCGAGUGCAGAAAUUGAAACAAUUAAAGAGGAAACAACGGAAUUUUUAACUCCUUUACCCCAAUCCACAACAGAAGAAAGCAGUUCAUUUCAAGAAUCCAGUGAAGAAGAAAAUCAAAUGACAGAAGUGCCAUGGACACUAUCAACAAAGCUUCCUCAAACAAGUACUCAAACUAAAAGUAUAUUUUCAAGUCAAAGUGUAGAUGAAGAUAGAACAUCUGAAGAAGAUACAAGGACACUAUCGAUAUCUCCUUUUCAAUCAAGUACAAUGGCAAAUAGUUUGCCUACUGUUUCGAGUGCAGAAGAUCAAACAAUUCAAGAGAAAACAACGGAAUUUUUAACUCCUUUACCUCAAUCCACAACAGAAGAAAGCAGUUCAUUUAAAGAAUCCAGUGAAGAAGAAAAUCAAAUGACAGAAGUGCCAUGGACACUAUCAACAAAGCUUCCUCAAUCAAGUACACAAACUGAAAGUAUAUUUUCAAGUCAAAGUGAAGAUAAAAACAGAAUAUCUAAAGAAGAUACAAGGACACUAUCGAUAUCUCCUUUUCAAUCAAGUACAAUGGCAAAUAGUUUACCUACUGUUUCGAGUGCAGAAAUUCAAACAAUUCAAGAGGAAACAAAGGAAUUUUUAACUCCUUUACCUCAAUCCACAACAGAAGAAAGCAGUUCAUUUCAAGAAUCCAGUGAAGAAGAAAAUCAAAUGACAGAAGUGCCAUGGACUCUAUCAACAAAGCUUUCUCAAUCAAGUACACAAACUGAAAGUAUAUUUUCAAGUCAAAGUGUAGAUGAAGAUGGAACAUCUGAAGAAGAUACAAGGACACUAUCGAUAUCUUAUUUUCAAUCAAGUACAAUGGCAAAUAGUUUUCCCACAGUUUCGAGUGCAGAAGAUCAAACAAUUAAAGAGGAAACAACGGAAUUUUUAACUCCUUUACCUCAAUCUACAACAGAAGAAAGCAGUUCACUUAAAGAAUCCAGUGAAGAAGAAAAUCAAAUGACAGAAGUGCCAUGGACACUAUCAACAAAGCUUCCUCAAUCAAGUACACAAACUGAAAGUAUAUUUUCAAGUCAAAGUGUAGAUGAAGAUAGAACAUCUGAAGAAGAUACAAGGACACUAUCGAUAUCUCCUUUUCAAUCAAGUACAAUUGCAAAUAGUUUACCUACUGUUCCGAGUGCAGAAAUUGAAACAAUUAAAGAGAAAACAACGGAAUUUUUAACUCCUUUACCUCAAUCCACAACAGAAGAAAGCAGUUCAUUUCAAGAAUCCAGUGAAGAAGAAAAUCAAAUGACAGAAGUGCCAUGGACACUAUCAACAAAGCUUCCUCAAUCAAGUACACAAACUAAAAGUAUAUUUUCAAGUCAAAGUGAAGAUAAAAACAGAAUAUCUAAAGAAGAUACAAGGACACUAUCGAUAUCUCCUUUUCAAUCAAGUACAAUGGCAAAUAGUUUACCUACUGUUUCGAGUGCAGAAAUUGAAACAAUUAAAGAGGAAACAACGGAAUUUUUAACUCCUUUACCCCAAUCCACAACAGAAGGAAGCAGUUCAUUUCAAGAAUCCAGUGAAGAAGAAAAUCAAAUGACAGAAGUGCCAUGGACACUAUCAACAAAGCUUCCUCAAUCAAGUACACAAACUGAAAGUAUAUUUUCAAGUCAAAGUGAAGAUAAAAACAGAAUAUCUAAAGAAGAUACAAGGACACUAUCGAUAUCUCCUUUUCAAUCAAGUACAAUGGCAAAUAGUUUACCUACUGUUUCGAGUGCAGAAAUUGAAACAAUUAAAGAGAAAACAACGGAAUUUUUAACUCCUUUACCUCAAUCCACAACAGAAGAAAGCAGUUCAUUUAAAGAAUCCAGUGAAGAAGAAAAUCAAAUGACAGAAGUGCCAUGGACACUAUCAACAAAGCUUCCUCAAACAAGUACUCAAACUAAAAGUAUAUUUUCAAGUCAAAGUGAAGAUAAAAACAGAAUAUCUAAAGAAGAUACAAGGACACUAUCGAUAUCUCCUUUUCAAUCAAGUACAAUGGCAAAUAGUUUACCUACUGUUUCGAGUGCAGAAAUUGAAACAAUUAAAGAGGAAACAACGGAAUUUUUAACUCCUUUACCCCAAUCCACAACAGAAGGAAGCAGUUCAUUUCAAGAAUCCAGUGAAGAAGAAAAUCAAAUGACAGAAGUGCCAUGGACACUAUCAACAAAGCUUCCUCAAUCAAGUACACAAACUGAAAGUAUAUUUUCAAGUCAAAGUGAAGAUAAAAACAGAAUAUCUAAAGAAGAUACAAGGACACUAUCGAUAUCUCCUUUUCAAUCAAGUACAAUGGCAAAUAGUUUACCUACUGUUUCGAGUGCAGAAAUUGAAACAAUUAAAGAGAAAACAACGGAAUUUUUAACUCCUUUACCUCAAUCCACAACAGAAGAAAGCAGUUCAUUUAAAGAAUCCAGUGAAGAAGAAAAUCAAAUGACAGAAGUGCCAUGGACACUAUCAACAAAGCUUCCUCAAACAAGUACUCAAACUAAAAGUAUAUUUUCAAGUCAAAGUAUAGAUGAUGAUAGAACAUCGGAAGAAGAUACAAGGACACUAUCGAUAUCUCCUUUUCAAUCAAGUACAAUGGCAAAAAGUUUACCUACAGUUUCGAGUGCAGAAGAUCAAACAAUUCAAGAGGAAACAACGGAAUUUUUAACUCCUUUACCUCAAUCCACAACAGAAGAAAGCAGUUCAUUUCAAGAAUCCAGUGAAGAAGAAAAUCAAAUGACAGAAGUGCCAUGGACACUAUCAACAAAGCUUCCUCAAUCAAGUACACAAACUGAAAGUAUAUUUUCAAGUCAAAGUGUAGAUAAAGAUAGAACAUCUGAAGAAGAUACAAGGACACUAUCGAUAUCUCCUUUUCAAUCAAGUACAAUGGCAAAUAGUUUGCCUACAGUUUCGAGUGCAGAAGAUCAAACAAACCAAGAGGAAACAAAGGAAUUUUUAACUCCUUUACCUCAAUCUACAACAGAAGAAAGCAGUUCAUUUCAAGAAUCCAGUGAAGAAGAAAAUCAAAUGACAGAAGUGCCAUGGACACUAUCAACAAAGCUUCCUCAAACAAGUACUCAAACUAAAAGUAUAUUUUCAAGUCAAAGUGUAGAUGAAGAUAGAACAUCUGAAGAAGAUACAAGGACACUAUCGAUAUCUCCUUUUCAAUCAGGUACAAUGGCAAAAAGUUUACCUACAGUUUCGAGUGCAGAAAUUGAAACAAUUAAAGAGGCAACAACGGAAUUUUUAACUCCUUUACCUCAAUCUACAACAGAAGAAAGCAGUUCAUUUCAAGAAUCUAGUGAAGAAGAAAAUCAAAUGACAGAAGUGCCAUGGACACUAUCAACAAAGCUUCCUCAAACAAGUACUCAAACUAAAAGUAUAUUUUCAAGUCAAAGUGUAGAUGAAGAUAGAACAUCUGAAGAAGAUACAAGGACACUAUCGAUAUCUCCUUUUCAAUCAAGUACAAUGGCAAAUAGUUUGCCUACUGUUUCGAGUGCAGAAGAUCAAACAAUUCAAAAGAAAACAACGAAAUUUUUAACUCCUUUACCUCAAUCCACAACAGAAGAAAGCAGUUCAGUUCAAGAAGAUGAAACAUCUCAAGAAGAUACAAAAACUCUAUCGAUUUCUCUCCCGCAACCAAGUUCAAUAGCGAGUCAUACACAAGCUAUUUCUAUUGCAGAAGAGGAUCAAAUAAUUCCAAAGGAGACAAGUGAGUUUCCGAAGACUAUACCGCAAUCGACAUCAAUUAGUUUAUUUCAAAGUUCGAGUGCAGAAGAUGUGACCUCUAAGUCUAUGCGUUUAUUAAGUACACCACAUAUUUCUAAACUAAAAUCGUCGACGUUAUCAACUCUUAAAAGUAAAGUUACCACUGAAACAACAACUGAGUAUUUUAUUUCCAACACCAAUACUUCACCCGAUUCCCUGCCUAUACAUAAUACAAUGACAGAAUCUAUGUCACUAUUGUCACAUCCAGUUAGUGGGUUUUCUGAAAUACCAAGUUUGCUUUCGACAUCAUAUAAAGCAACGAGUCAACAAUCUCUGAAAAUCAUAGAAAAUGUAACAAGCUCUCAAUAUGAAAUUGUUUAUCAUAGCUCAACUAAUCCAGUGAUGACCGACAUCAUUGAUUCAUCUUUACCCUUAGAUUUAAUUACUAUCUCGCAGGAAAUAUCAAGUUCACCGAAAAGUCAAGAUAGCUUUGAAACAGAAGACAUUGCUAUAAAGCCAACUUUAUCUGGAAUACCAAGCCAUCUUAAUAGUUAUACUAAAGAUGCAAUGAGUAAUACGGGUUUUACUACAAUAUUUAGCGAUGAGGUCACCGGAACAAUAACGACAGACACGAAUGCAAAUUCCUCAGACUAUACAACCUAUAAAGGAUCAGAAAAUACAUUACAAAGUUUAACUGAUCCAGAAAUAAAAACCACAACAACAAAAAUUCAAACAACAACAUCUGAUAAAUCAAAAGCAAUGGAACACGAACAACAGACAGAAACAUUCCCUUCCUUAAUUGCCAGUGCCACAGAUGCCGCUAUUACUAAACAAUCGCAAACAAUAAAUUUAUACUCAGAAGAAUUUAGUACUGAAGGAAUCGAGACAAUACCCACAUUUUCAAUUACACUAAAAAGUUCAAGUAAUCCAGAACAAAUAUCUAAAACUGCAACAGAAAUAUCAAAACCGGAUAAAAAUCAGUCAGAACAAACGCUUAGUUCUCUUCCUGAAUUAUCAUCGACGAGUAUAUUCAUACACUCGGAUAUUUCCAGCUCUAAGGAAAUAACAAUGGAUAGUGAAAAGACCGAAAACACAAGUAGGAAAACUACAAAUACGUUCUUAGUAAAUACAAGUAAUACAGCAGUUACAACAUUGCCUACCACCGAGACUUCAGAUGUGCUAACAACAGGAACUACUGAAACUACUUCCGAGGAACCGCUUUGUUUGUGUACUUGCGUAAUUGAUCCCGAUGAGGAUAUUUGCUCGUGUAAUUGCAAAAUUACGAAGAGUACACCGACAGCAAACACUACUUCAAAGAAUACUCAGUGGGAUGGUUCCUCUACAAAAUCGCUUGGACAAGAAGGAAUAAGAAACCAAACAAGUGUCGUGCACACUACCAAGUACUCUACAACCGAUAAAUAUUUGUCAAAGGAACCCACAAAAACCCUUACAUUUCCAAAGCUAAGCACUAAACAAAAUAUUACUGAGAAAACUACAAUACAGAAUUUAUCGUUGAAUUCUAAUAUUGACAAGUCAACAACAUUAACUCAGCCAUAUUCUGAUAUGGACAUUACGAAGUACUCCACAACCGUUGGAUUUUUGUCAACGGAACCUACAAAAACCUUUACAUUUUCAAAAUUAAGCACUAAACAAAAUAUUGCGGAGAAAAGUACGGCGCAGAAUUUAUCGUUGAAUUCUAAUAUUGAGAAGUCAACAACAUUAGCUCAGCAAUAUUCAGAUACGGACACUACACAGUACUUUACAACAGUCGAAUUUUUGUCGACGGAACCCACAAGAACCCUUACACAAAAUAUUACUGGAAGGACCACAAUCGACAAUCAAUCAAUAGCAUAUUCUGAUACGGAGACUACGAAGUACUUCACAACCGUCGGACUUUGGUCGAAGGAACCCACAAAUACUUUUACAUUUUCAAAGUUAAGCACUAAACAAAAUAUUACUGAGAAAACUACAAUACAGAAUUUAUUAGUGCAGUCUAAUAUUGAUAAGUCAGCAACAUUAACUCAGCCAUAUUCUAAGAUGGACAUUACGAAGUACUCCACAGCCGUGGGACUUUCGUCGAAGGAACCCACAAAAACCUCUACAUUUUCAAAAUUAAGCACUAAAGCAAAUAUUGCGGAGAAAAGUACGGCGCAGAAUUUAUCGUUGAAUUCUAAUAUUGAGAAGUCAACAACAUUAGCUCAGCAAUAUUCAGAUACGGACACUACACAGUACUUUACAACAGUCGAAUUUUUGUCGACGGAACCCACAAGAACCCUUACACAAAAUAUUACUGGAAGGACCACAAUCGACAAUCAAUCAAUAGCAUAUUCUGAUACGGAGACUACGAAGUACUUCACAACCGUCGGACUUUGGUCGAAGGAACCCACAAAUACUUUUACAUUUUCAAAGUUAAGCACUAAACAAAAUAUUACUGAGAAAACUACAAUACAGAAUUUAUUAGUGCAGUCUAAUAUUGAUAAGUCAGCAACAUUAACUCAGCCAUAUUCUAAGAUGGACAUUACGAAGUACUCCACAGCCGUGGGACUUUCGUCAAAGGAACCCACAAAAACCCUUACAUUUUCAAAAUUAAGCACUAAAGAAAAUAUUACUGAAAAAACUACAAUACAGAAUUUAUCAACGCAUUCUAAUAUUGAUAAGUCAACAACAUUAGCAACGAAGUACUUCACAACAGUCGAAUUUUUCUCGAAGGAACCCACAAAUAAAACCUUUACCUUGUCAAAUUUAAGCACUAAACAAAAUAUUACUGAGAAAACUACAAUAGAGAAUUUAUCGUUGAAUUCUAAUAUUGACAAGUCAACAACAUUAACUCAGCCAUACUCUAAUACGGACAUUACGAAGUACUCCACAACCGUCGGAUAUUUUUCGCAGGAACCCACAAAUAAAACCUUUACAUUUUCAAAGUUUAGCACCACACAAAAUAUUACUGGAAAGCCCACAAUCGACAAUCAAUCAAUAACAUCAACUCAGCAAUAUUCUGAUACCGAGAUUACGAAGUACUCCACAACCGUUGGACUUUUGUCGAAGGAACCUACAAAAACCCUUACAUUUUCAAAGUUAAGCACUAAACAAAAUAUUACUGAGAGAAGCACGGUAGAUAAUUUAUCGUUGAAUACUAAUGUUGAUAAGUCAAAUACAUUAACUCAGACAUAUUCUGAGAUGGACAUUACGAAGUACUCCACAACCGCUGGAUUUUUGUCGAAGGAACCCACAAAAACCCUUACAUUUUCAAAGUUAGAACCGACCGAGCACAUCAGCACCAUUAUAAAUUUUACUGGGAAAGACACAACGGAAUAUAUGAUAUCACAAUCCAGUAUUGAGAAUGAAAGUGAUACCCAAUUGAUCUCGACAACUGAAAAUUUUAUAGUGACAACAAGCUCAGAGACCACAGAAGUUAAUGUGUGGGAGGAGAUCGACAAAAGACUUGAUGAUCUACAAAAUAGGUAUACGAUUCGAGAAAACAACUCUUUGGAAAAUUCGGAAUUUAAAGAACAAUUCAGUAAGAUAGACUCGUCGAUAAAUUUGGGUAAACUUCCGGGUAAUAUUAGAGCUAGCCUGUACGCAAAUUUUACAAUUUACGACAAAAUGAGAAUCGAGCUGGAAUCCAUCAUUUUAUUUAAGCUGAACAAAAUUUUGGAAAAUAUGAACGCAACGAAAUCGACUCCAGCGUGUAUUGAUUAUUAUAAAAAUAUGUCCAAAAAUUUAGUUGCAGGCUUGGCUAUGUCAAAUACUGAAAAGUGGGACAUAAUAAGAAAAAAUCACCUCAUUUGUCAUAUAAAUCAAAAUACAACGAACGCAACUACACCAGUUCCACCCACCACGAAAACGACCUCAGUGACAAAAACUAUGGGAGGAUUUGCUUCAUAUUAUUGUAAUCAACAGAUAAUGAAUUUAAUCGUUACGAAAUAUUCUCUGAGCCCAAACAAUGAAACGAUUCCCAUUUCACCCAAGGAUCCGUGCACUUCAAUACUAAAACAUAUUAGUAUAGCUCAUCAACAUAAUGACUCCAGUCACAGUGCGGAAUUUAAUACCAUAAUUGAAAAGAUAAAGACGGCAAUCAAACAGGAUUGGAUAACAAACAAAAAAGCACUGUUAAUAAGGGAAUACUUGGAGUUUGAAAAAUUGCGAAAAUAUCUCGAUCAUAUUUUGGUGGGUAAGAUUGAGGAAUGCGAUAUGCGACUUGCAGUAGUUAAAAGUAGAAAGUGUUGGAACUAUUACACAAAACUGAAAGUGAUGUUCCAUAAGGCAAUGCAAGAGACGAGUGCCAGAAAACAGUAUUUAAUAGGUAAUAUAUCAAUGGUAUGCAGUGAUAACAAAGUGUGAACACAUAAUUUGUAAAUGUGAAAACAAAUAAAAUGGCUUAAGAAUUGCAAAAAAACUAACUAA